AUGACGGAGCUUGAAGAUAAGGCCCUGCUGACAUCCACCAUCGCUCAAAUAUGCUCGUACAGGAAAGUAGACGACUCCUGUGUAGUCCUCAACCACGAUGACGACCCUGAACACCUCCUCGACCACCUCAAUUCUCAACAUCCCCGUAUGCAGUUCACAAUGGAAGAAGAAGCUGAUAACAAACUCCCUUUCCUCGACGUCCUGGUACAGAAACAAGAAAACAAGCUCUCCACCACUGUCAACAGGAAACCCACUCAUACCGACCAAUAUCUCCACUUCACCUCCAAUCACCCUCUGCAGAUUAAGAAAGGCAUCAUUUCCACCCUUACCCGAAGAGCCAAGAACAUCUGCUCGACAACAGAAACCCUAGAAAUCGAACUAAACCACCUCCGCCAUGUCUUCAUCCGUUAUAACCAGUACCCCCUGAAGUUAUUUAACAACGUCAUCAGAUCCACCCUCAACCCAAGAGAUAAAUCACUCCGUCGGCAAUCAGCACCCCGUAUGUCCCAGCAGUCAGCCACCAGAUAA